UCCAUGGCAACAGCUUGUAGGAGUUCACUAUCCAAGAUGGCGGACGUGGAACAAGCUACAACGCUCCCCAUGGCCUCACAAGUCAAACGUCCAGCACCUAAAGCUCCAGAGCUCCCUAUUAUGGAGAGAAAGAAUUGGCUGAUUCACCAGCACUAUAUACGUAAAGACUAUGAAAUCUGUAAGGCAAUAAUCAAAGAGCAGCUGCAGGAGACUAAUGGGAUGUGUGAAUAUGCCAUAUAUGUUCAAGCACUAAUCUUGCGUCUUGAGGGCAAGAUCCAACAAUCCCUUGAGCUGUUUCAGAGCUGUGCCAUACUUAAUCCCAGCAGCCCUGACAAUCUGAAGCAAGUGGCCAGAUCUCUAUUUUUACUGGGAAAGCACAAAGCAGCCAUUGAAUUCUACAAUGAAGCUGCAAGGCUCAACCAGAAAGACUGGGAGAUCAGUCACAAUUUGGGAGUGUGCUAUUUCUUCAUCAAAGACUUCAAACAUGCUGAGGAGCAGCUCAACAUUGCUCUCCAGUUAAACAAACACGACAAGACUUCACUGAUGCUAGGGAAGGUUCAUUUACUGGCCGGCGACACCGACAAGGCCAUUGAUGUUUACAAGAGAGCAUUGGAAUUCUCUCCAGAGAAUACAGAACUCCUGACAACUCUCGGCCUCCUCUUUCUCUCCCUUGGGAAAUACCAAAAAGCUUUUGAACACCUUGGAAAUGCCCUCACGUUUGACCCCAACAAUUAUAAGGCCAUCCUUGCUGCAGGCAGCAUGAUGCAGACCCACGGGGACUUUGAUGUGGCCAUGAACAAGUACCGCGUGGCAGCAUGUGCCGUGCCUGAGAGCCCACCUCUGUGGAACAACAUCGGCAUGUGCUUCUUUGGCAAAAAGAAGUAUGUCGCUUCUAUCAGCUGCCUGAAGCGUGCCCACUACUUGUCUCCUUUCGACUGGAAAGUAUUGUACAACCUGGGGCUGGUACACCUGACCAUGCAGCAGUAUGCCUCUGCUUUCCACUUCCUUAGCGCCGCCAUCAACCUGAGCCCCCGAUUGGGCGAGCUCUACAUGCUGCUGGCAGUGGCUUUGACCAACUUGGAGGAUGUGGAAAAUGCCACCAGAGCGUACGAGCAAGCUGUGAUUCUAGACCAAUCAAACCCUCUGGUCAACCUGAACUUUGCAAUCUUUCUCUAUAAUCACGCUGACAAAAAGGGAGCCCUGGAUCAGUAUCAGGAGAUGGAGAGAAAAGUCAACACGCUUCGAGACAGCAGUAACAACUUUGAGUUUGACCCAGAGCUCAUAGAGAUGGCUCAGAAGAUAGGAGCUGCCUUGCAGGUGAUGGAAAGUGUGGUGUGGACUAAACCAGCCAAAGACUCCAGGUCCAAACAAAGCUCAGGAGCAAGCACUUCUAACACUGGUGCUCCUUUGGGUUCGAACCAAACUUUGGGUCAGGCCAUGUCCUCUGCAGCGAGCUACAACAAGAGCAUCCAGUCACCAACAAGCACCUCCACGGCAUUUGACCCUGAUGCAGACAUGGACAGUGUUCCCAGCCCGCCUUCAGAUCCUCCAGGAUCCCCAAGACCUACCCAACCAGAGGAUGCCAGACCCAAAACCUCCAAGAGGAAAUCAAAGGUGGAAAUAUGACUUACAGACGUGGAUAAAAGUGUUAGUACCCAAUGGUCAUUGAAAGGACUCGAAACUGACAGAAGUCAUCAUUCAUUUGUUUUGAGACAUUUUCCAAAAUGCAUGACAAGUUACAAAGAUUCUGGGAGACAAAUCUGUACUUUUUUGGCAAGUCACAUCAGCUCUAUUGUUUACAUAUAAAAACGUAUGAAGCAUAUAGAAAAAUAGAACACCAUACCAACUGUGAAAAAAGGAGACUCACUUAUGAUCUUAAGCAACUUCCCUUUAACCAUAUUUCAAAAGCAAUGUCUAAUUUGUUUAAUUUUUUGUGGAUUUUCUAUUUGGUUACUCUUGCCAGUUUCCAAUCUUUUCCAUGAUCCCUGUAGGGUUUGUUUUCCUUGUACCAACAGUUUUGACCAAAUGUGUAAUUUGGAGUAAUCUCUCACAUUUUGUUUUAGUUCACAUUCCUGUUGAGAAGGAAAAACGCGGUCUUUGGUCGUCUUGUUAUUUAUCCGGCUCUAACUGUCAGGGUCAGUGAGAGAUAGUUACAUAUAAACUAUGUUUUUUCCCUGCACAAAAAAAAUACUUGUACCAAAGUUUUAGUUUGUCAAUUAGUCAUUGCAGUAAAUGAUGAUGUCAGGUAAUGUGUCUGCUGGGAACACACGCUGCUAAGAUAAACAUAGUCCUUGCUGUGACAAUCAAUGUAUUCAAUACAUGCAUUUAAGUAUUUGGACAUAUCCACCAAUUGUCAGUUAUGUCACUUCAUACAAAUAGUAUUGAACCCCUAAACCCAGAUAUCUGGGCAUAAAAACGGCUGCAAUUCCUAAAAGAUAAUGCAUUUUUUUUGUGCGUCCAAAAUAAAACAACUUCAAUUCAGUUACAUUUGUGGUGCUCUACAGAGGCAACACUCAGUCACUGUCCAAAUACUUAAGUAGCUACUGUAUAAAUAAAUAUGUAGUAAAGAAUUGUAAAUAGCAACCUAAGCUUUUAUAUGUUGAAUGUCUUCAGUGUAUAGAAUAAUGUGUUUAAUAUUAAACUUGAAGAACAAGGCGUUCUCACAUACUGUUU